AUGUCGCUCGAAGCUCUGGGUCGAACAUUCAAAAUUCGGCGCGAGGCCAACGCGAAGCAGGCUUGGUCUCGCGACUGGUCUCUGAUUGGUUCAAUAUAUGGGGGUGGGCGGGAGUACGGCGACACGCUUAUCCGAGUGAGCUCCUGUCCGAGCGGCGGGCACUGCGGGAGGUCCGGUACGUACCUCAGCAACUUUCGCAUUUUCGAGGAAAUCUUCGCGGUCGAGCUCGCCGGUGGUGACAUUUUGCCAUUCUGCGCAACCCACGCCAGCCUCCAGCAGUGUGCUCUUCCGCUUGGUAGAGUGUCUAAUCGCCAUGUAGGGCCACGGACUCGUGUCAUUGAUCAACCAUUCACUAAUCCUUACUUCUUCAGGGCGUCCGAAAUCGGGCUUUUGAGCAGGAGACUGCUCACCUCAUGCUCCCUCCGCAACACUUCGCUACGAUCAUCACAGCUGGCCAGCCAGCCUCUAUGGCUACAGCCACGUACUUUCUCGACAUCCCGCACUUUGUUCAACAACGAGUCUCUGUUCGGUGUGAAAGGCCCCCUCGCAGAGAAGCCCGAAUCAUCGACGACGGCCUCCUCGACAUCAUCCUCCCCGACAGCAGCCUCCAAAAAGAAGCCCCACACUCCUUUCGCGUACGAUGCCGCUUCCUCAAACUUCGAUAUCUCUCAACUCAUCGCCAUGGACUCCGACGACUUCAUGAUGAAGCACCACGCCGCUGGUCAGCAAGAGAUCGAGCUCCGAACUCGCCCGCAAACAGGCCGCACAAUCCACGUCACCGGCUCCCGCGACUUUUCCGCCGCAAUGAAGGCCCUCGAUGUCUCAACCAAGAGGAACAGGAUCAAGUCCCUUUGGCACGGGCAGAAGUUUCAUGAGCGUCCAGGAAUGAGACGCAAGAGGCUUAGGAGGGAGAGAUCGAUAAAGCGAUAUAAGGAGGGUUUCGUCGCGACAGUGCGUCGAGUACAGGAGCUGACAAACCAGGGCUGGUAA